AUGCCACUCUACCAGCCCCCAAAUAUGCGCGCUCCCGUGCUAUCUCAGUUCUCGCUAGAAGGCAAAACUGCUAUAGUGACAGGCGGAGCUCGAGGGAUCGGUCUUGAGAUCGUGCGAGGGCUUGCAGAGGCAGGAGCAGAUGUCGCCGUGAUCUACACCUCUAGCUCAGAUGCGCAUCAGACUGCUGCACAGAUUUCUAAGGCCACUGGUAGGAGGGUAUCAGCCUUCCAGUCGGACGUAACCUCGCGUGCCCAAAUUGCAGAGACAGUCAACACAAUCACACAGGAGUUUGGCAAUGGCUUCCUUGACAUUGUCGUCGCUAAUGCGGGGGUAUGCACUAACUGCCCAAGUCUCGAAUUCAACGAAGAAAGCUGGGCACGCGAUAAUCGCGUCAAUUACGAUGGAGUGAUGUGGACAGCACAGGCCGCAGGGAGAAUUUUCAAGAAGCAAGGUAAAGGAAAUCUCAUUGUUACGGCUUCCGUGAGCUCUAUUCUUGUGAAUAUCCCGCAGGCUCAGGUCGCGUAUAAUGCGUCAAAAGCGGCGGCAGUACAUCUUGCGAAGAGCCUUGCGGUGGAGUGGACGGACUUUGCACGAGUUAACUGUAUAUCGCCCGGGUUUAUCUUGACUGAAAUGAUCACCCAGCAACCAAAGGAAAGAUUCGAAAAAUGGAUGGACAUGAUUCCUGGGCGUCGCAUCUGUGACCCCGCCGAACUCAAAGGAGCGUAUGUCUUCCUGGCGAGUGACGCCUGCUGCUACAUGACUGGAGCUAAUGUUGUCAUCGAUGGAGGAUACACCUUACCUUAG